GUAAACAUGGCCGCACACAGAGCAGAGUGUUUGUGUUUGUGUCGCACUGUGGUAAACUAUCAGUUUGGAGCGAUUUAAACGCACCGUUUAGGUACACUUAUUAAUGACAUGACAUUAACAGCAGUUGUAAUUAACCACAGGAGCGUCUACUGAGACGUUAUCGUUUGAUAAACUACCACGUAUAGUUGUUAAAAAUAAACCUCGACGUGUACGUGUUUUUACUUGUUGAGUUUUUCGAGCUGGUCUGUUAAACACACGGAGGUCAGAAAUGUCAGUUUUAAGAUAGUGAGACGGCUGAUACUGAAAAGAAUGCAUAAUUAUCUCCUUUUGUUUGGACCCACUUUCCCUCAGCUCUGCCUUGUUUUGGGGGCGUUGUACCACAGAUGACUGUAUGUAUGCAGACGUCAUCGCUGCUGAAGGUGUCAUGUGUCACUUUUUAGAGUAAAGAAAUAGCUGCUGCAAGAAGCUGCGGUUGUCUAACUGACCUCCGGUGAGCCUAACUCCUGGUUUCCCCUAUGUCCAGCAGCCACGAUGAAUACAGCUUGAAGCACAUGAGCAACCUCAUGGGCAACAGGGGACAGAAAGCAGUGGACGAUGGAGAGCGGGGUCUCAUUGGGCCUUCAUCUAGGGAUGCUGCCACCAGUGGGGACAUCAUGGACCGAGAUCCCUCCACUCCGGUGUUCGUCUAUGUGUUGGCGUUCUUCUCUGCCUUGGGUGGAUUUCUCUUUGGGUAUGACACCGGGGUGGUCUCGGGGGCUAUGCUGCUCCUGAAGAAGGAGAUGAACCUGGACACUUUGUGGCAGGAGCUGCUGGUUUCCAGCACAGUGGGAGCCGCUGCACUGUCUGCCCUGAGCGGUGGCUCGCUGAAUGGUUGGCUUGGACGCAAGAUCUGCAUCCUGAUUGCCAGCUUCAUCUUCAGCGUUGGUGGCAUCAUCCUGAGUUUAUCUCCAAACAAGGAGGUCCUUCUUGUGGGCAGAAUUACAGUUGGUUUGGGUAUAGGUAUUGCCUCUAUGACAGUUCCUGUAUACAUCGCAGAAGUUUCUCCAUCUCACCUUAGAGGUCAGCUGGUCACUAUAAACGCCCUCUUCAUCACUGGUGGCCAGUUCAUUGCCAGUGUGAUCGAUGGGGCUUUCAGCUACCUGAGCCGCGACGGCUGGAGGUACAUGCUGGGUCUGUCCGUUGUCCCAGCUGCACUGCAGUUUGUGGGCUUCUUCUUCCUGCCAGAGAGCCCCCGCUGGCUUCUCCAAAAGGGCCGGAACCAAGAGGCCCGUCAAGUUCUCAGCCAGAUCCGAGGAGGCCAGAAUGUCGACGAGGAAUACGACAGCAUCAGAACCAGCAUCGAGGAGGAGGAGAAAGAGGGGGGUGGAGGAGGCCUUGUUAUUUGGCGCAUCCUCAGGCAUGGUCCGACCCGCAGGGCUCUCAUUGUUGGCUGUGGCCUCCAGAUGUUUCAGCAGCUGUCUGGGAUUAACACCGUCAUGUACUACAGCGCAACCAUUCUGCAGAUGGCGGGCGUGCGGGACGAUAAACAGGCGAUCUGGUUGGCAGCCGCGACUUCUGCUACCAACUUUGUGUUCACCCUGGUUGGAGUCUGGCUUGUGGAGAGAGUGGGCCGCAGGAAGCUGACACUGGGAAGCCUUAUUGGUACUGGUCUGAGUCUGACUUUGUUGGCAGUCGGCUUCUUGCUCUCAGCCCAGAACUCUCCACCCAUCACCCUCCACCCGUUUGACUCUCAAAACUCAACCUGCAGACUAUACGGAUCCUGCGAAUUCUGCAUGUUGGAUCCGGAUUGUGGAUUUUGUUAUCGUGAAAACAGCACCAGAGUGUACGAAUCCUCCUGCGUUCCCGUCAAUCAAGAGUCCAUAGAUCACGCGGCGUGGGGAAGGUGUUCCAACCUGACGGAGGCAACAGACAGUCCAAUCUGGGCCUACAACUACUGUCCCACAUCCUACUCCUGGAUCGUCCUGACAGGCCUCAUCCUCUACCUGGCAUUUUUUGCUCCAGGUAUGGGACCCAUGCCUUGGACGGUGAAUUCAGAGAUCUACCCACUGUGGGCCCGCAGCACCGGUAACGCCUGUUCAGCCGGGGUCAACUGGAUCUUCAAUGUCCUGGUGUCUCUGACCUUCCUUCACGUCGCAGAGUUUCUGACCUAUUACGGUGCGUUCUUCUUGUACACGGGCCUUGUGGUGUUGGGUCUCCUUUUCGUCCAGGGCUGCCUCCCAGAGACACAGGGUCUGCAGCUGGAGGACAUCGAGAACCUGUUCACCAGUCCGCUCUGCUCCUGUGGAGCCUCUUCACCCAACAACAAUCGCCACGUCCAGUACAUCCGGGUAAAAGGCAGCAACUACCUCCCUUCUGACAACGAUGCCUCAGAUGAAGAGUAGUCUGGGAUGAUUCCGUCUUUCCACUUUAUUUUUGGGUUUCCUGUCUUUUUUGAUUGAGGAUUGGGAAGACUGCCAAUGCGGAGAGGAAAGGUGGCUGCAAUCAAACAUGAACAAAAAAAAACAGCUUGAUUGAUUCUAACUGGCACUUUGCCUCGUCAAUCAUCUUGUUUUUUUCUUUCUACCUAUCUCUCACCAGGGAGUUGGUUUGGUCUGCUUUUAUUUUUGUUUCUAUUGUGCAUUCUUCUCAUUUCCCAUCAUCCUCUCUGUCAUCAUAAAAGGAAUCAUUGGAGCAAGACUUUCCAGGAUAUGGUUGAACAAUGUUCAUUUAAACAGUGUUGCUGGGAUAAUUAACGUUGCUAGGAAAGUCGUAGUAUGUUGUGAAAUGAUUGAAUAUCACAAAACCAAAAACAGAUGAAGAUAAUCUUUACUUUAAGUACAUUUAUUGAUGAACUGGUUUUCCUUUUCUCUGCCAGUAGCAUUUUCAAAACAAAAUAUUUGUUUUUUUAAUCCAGUGAGUUCAGAAACUGGUCGACCAGGUUCCUGACUCAGCAUUUCAUCAGCCUUUGUAAACUGUCAAGAUAAUUUUAUUUCCAGAUUUUAAAAACAAUCUCUUUGCAUGACUUCAGUGUGAUCAUCCAUCUUUUAUAGACACACUCACUCCACAAGUUUGAUAUACCAGCAAGACUGUGUUUGUAUGCAGGCCUUAAUGAUCUGUAAUUGAUGAAGAUGUCAGAAAUAAGGGAACCACAAUGUAGAGAAGAGACAGUUUCAAACACUAUCGCUGGUUUCUGCCUUCUUUGCAUAUGUGUACAUUCUGUAGCGAGUUAGAGUCUUUCAAAACACAUUCCUGUCAAAACCACUAACAUGGGUUUUAUCUUUUAAUCUGUGUUGGUGUAAAACAAGUCAAUUGAUUGUGGUUUGCUGCUAAUGUCUGCACAGUGGGAGAUAUUGCACUUUUAAAAAAACCAAAAGGUGUCUUUUUUUUCUUAGAAAAAAGGUUUAUAUAUAUAGAUAUAUAUGAGAUUGCUAGAACUAGUCACUCAAAUCUAUACAUUUUUUUUUAGCAAGGUUCAGAAUUCAGCCCGGCACACUACGGAGCGAUGGGGUCUGACAAUGCCAUAGCCUAUAUAACUGUGAGUACUGCAUUAAGGGAGUGUGCCAAUAACUUUUCUGC